CCCGCCGCCGCUGCCGCCGCCGCCGAGCGCCUGCUGCGGGCGCGGCGACGCCAUGGAGCGUUUUGAUAAGGCGGCGUUGAACGCACUGCAGCCGCCCGAGUUCAGAACUGAAAGUUCAUUAGCAUCUACCCUGAAGACGCUCCUGUUCUUCACUGCUUUAAUGAUCACUGUUCCUAUUGGGUUAUAUUUCACGACUAAAUCUUACGUAUUUGAAGGCGCCUUGGGGAUGUCUAAUAGGGACAGCUAUUUUUAUGCUGCUAUUGUUGCAGUGGUUGCCGUCCACGUGGUGCUGGCCCUCUUUGUGUACGUGGCCUGGAAUGAAGGCUCACGGCAGUGGCGGGAAGGCAAACAGGAUUAAAGUGAAUAUUACCUUUUGAUAACAUUAAAUUGCUUUUUGAAAUGGUAAAUGCUUCUGGGGGCACUGAUAAUUUGAAUAAAAAAUUGAAAGAACAUGUUAAAA